GGCGCCCUCUUCCUCACUUGCCACCAACACCACUCUCUCUCUCUCUUUCUCCCCUCCCACACCAGCUGUGCGCAGGAGACAUACGUACGUCCUUGUGCUUGUGUGAAGAGCUAGCCAGCUAGAAGCAAUGGGGAUGGAGAAGGGCAAGGCUGACCCUGCCACCUUCAGCAUCGCUGAGGCCGGCUUUGGAGACCGGACGGACAUCGACGACGACGGACGCGAGAGGCGUACCGGUACGCUGGUGACGGCGAGCGCCCACAUCAUCACGGCGGUCAUCGGGUCCGGGGUGCUGUCGCUGGCGUGGGCCAUCGCGCAGCUCGGGUGGGUCAUCGGCCCCGCCGUGCUCGUCGCCUUCUCCGUCAUCACCUGGUUCUGCUCCAGCCUACUGGCCGACUGCUACCGCUCACCGGACCCCGUCCACGGCAAGCGCAACUACACCUACGGCCAGGCCGUCAGGGCCAACCUAGGAGUUAGCAAAUACAGGCUCUGCUCUCUGGCCCAAUACGUCAACUUGGUUGGCGUCACCAUUGGCUACACCAUCACCACGGCCAUCAGCAUGGGGGCGAUCGGACGGUCGAAUUGCUUCCACCGCAAUGGCCACAAUGCGGCCUGCGAGGCAUCCAACACCACCAACAUGAUUAUAUUUGCUGCCAUCCAAAUCUUGCUCUCGCAACUCCCCAACUUCCACAAGAUCUGGUGGCUCUCCAUUGUUGCCGCCGUCAUGUCCCUCGCCUACUCCUCCAUUGGUCUCGGCCUCUCCAUAGCAAAAAUCGCAGGUGGGGUGCAUGCCAAGACAGCGCUAACAGGGGUGACCGUUGGGGUGGAUGUAUCCGCGAGUGAGAAAAUUUGGAGGACGUUCCAGUCUCUUGGGGACAUCGCCUUUGCAUACUCCUACUCCAAUGUGCUCAUCGAAAUCCAGGACACGCUGCGGUCGAGCCCGGCAGAGAACAAGGUGAUGAAGAAGGCGUCCUUGAUCGGUGUUUCCACGACCACCACGUUCUACAUGCUGUGCGGGGUGCUGGGCUACGCGGCGUUCGGCAGCAGCGCCCCGGGUAACUUCCUCACGGGCUUCGGCUUCUACGAGCCCUUCUGGCUCGUCGACAUCGGCAACGUUUGCAUCAUCGUGCACCUCGUUGGCGCCUACCAGGUCUUCUGCCAGCCCAUCUACCAAUUCGUCGAGGGCUGGGCGCGCUCCCGGUGGCCCGACAGCGCCUUCCUCCAUGCCGAGCGCGUGUUGCGCCUUCCGGCCGUUCUCGGAGGCGGAGAGUUCCCGGUUAGCCCGUUACGCCUGGUCUGGCGAACGGCGUACGUGGUUCUCACGGCGGUGGUGGCCAUGCUGUUCCCCUUCUUCAACGACUUCCUUGGCCUCAUUGGCGCCGUCUCGUUUUGGCCGCUCACCGUCUACUUCCCCGUUGAGAUGUACAUGGCACAAGCCAAAGUGCGCCGGUUCUCGCCGACGUGGACGUGGAUGAACGUGCUUAGCGUCGCGUGCCUUGUCGUCUCUGUCCUCGCCGCAGCUGGUUCUGUGCAGGGGCUCAUCAAGGACGUCGCAGGGUACAAGCCAUUCAAGGUCUCCUAACAUCUAUUCGGACAAGGCAUGCAUAGUGAUGUGAUCACGUACUUAUAUUAUAGGUGAAGGGUCGAGGUUAAUCCCUGUUUCAUGCUUUAAUCUAAAAAGUGGUAAACCUAGAUUGAUCAGUACUGUAUUAGUAGCAGAAGCUUAAGCCAUAUGGCAGCAAUAAGAAAGUUGACAGUUGACUACA